UCCCGACGGGGGGGAUCGACGGCCCGGAGCUUUGCAGCGCGUCCUGCGGAGAACCGCGGUGCCGCCGUUCCCCCUGCCCGCUCCGCGCCCGAGCGCCCGCGCGUGCCUCCGGGGAAGGUUAUCCAGGCGCGUGCCGGGCGCCUGCACCCGGGUGGGAAUUUCGGCGGCGUGUUUGCAUUCAUUACAAACCCGUUAAAAACCGGCUGGCUCAGCCCUGGGCAGGAGCAGGCUGCACGCGCCGCUGAGCGUCACCGCUCCUUGCCCUGCCCCGGAGGCGUGCUCGGCGCCCGCGUCUCCUCUCCUCGUCCCCUGUCCCCUCCGCCGGCGCGCCCAUGGCCGAGGAGAAGACCUUCCGCUACGCCUUCAUCAUGCUGGGCUUCUUCCUGGUGAUGACGGGGCUGUUCAUCAUGAGCGUGGACAAGCCCCAGGUCUACAUCACCUUCUGCACCUUGGGCAUCCUGCUCGUGGCCGUGGGCAUCGCCUGGAGCAUGUGCCAGUGCUACCCCAAGAUCACGUUCGUCCCGGCGGACUCGGAGACGGAGCGGUUCCUGGUGCCCCGGCCCGUCGGGCCGCCGCCGGGGGAGAAGCCGGGCAAGCAGCGCCCGCAGUCCCCCGGCGGGUGCCGCGACGAGGCCGGCGCCUACGAGAAGAGCCUGCCCACCUACGAGCAGGCCCAGCGGCAGGCGGCCGCCGAGCCCCCGCGCGGCCCCCCGGCCCGGCUGCGGGCGCAAGCCGAGAUCCACCCGGAGCUGCCGGGGGGUCCCGCCGCGGCGGCCCCCCGAGACCCGGCGCCCCACGGGCCCACGGCCACCGGCAGCGGCCCGGCGCCGCUCGCCGCCCUCCCGGAGGAGCUGGACGCCCCGUCGCCGGCCUCCUCGGCCCCCGGCAGCCCCGGGCGGGCCGCCUCCGGGCAGGACGACCUCUACUACGGCUUGCGGGAGGGCUCGGACGCGCUGCUGGGCGACAGCGAGCUCCUUUUCGAGCCCGAGGACUAGCUGCCGCCCGGGGAAUUAAACCAGAUCCUGGGCCA